AUGGCGGGUGAUUUUAAGGACGUGGCCAUCACUACUUUUAAGCUCGGCUUGCCUGCAGAGCAUGGUUUAAGGAAGUCUUUGACGGGGAAACCUGUUACCAGUAUACAUCAACUCAUGAAUCAGAUUAACAAGUAUAAGAGGGUUGAGAAAGACCAGCUGCAAGAUAAAGGGAAGGGUAAGGUUAUUCCUCAGGAGAGGAGGGAUUUCAGGUCGGAACGCUACAAUAAUAACAAACCCCAGCGAGAUUUUGCCGGACAAUCUGGACCUGCAGCCCCACAAGUAGUAGACAUCGUGUUCCGAGAACUGGUGCAUCAAGUUUUAGAGAAAAUCAAGAACAAGCUGUAUUUUAAAUGGUCGAACAAGAUGAGUGGAGAUCCUACAAGGCGUAACCAAAGCCUCCAUUGUCAGUGUCAUCAGGACCGAGGACAUACCACUGAGGAUUGUCGAACAUUGUGGAACCAUCUAGAACAAUUGGUUAAGAAGGGCAAGCUGCAACAAUUUCUGUACCGACCUAAUGGAUAG